CAAAAUCGCCAUAUUGGAUUUCGGCGGAAAGUUAAUAUCGGACAUCCCUAAUUUUAAGCUAUUUUAAGCUCUGGUUACUUGAGUAAAACUUUGUUCUGGUACUGUGUGGACAACUGUAGACUCAUCCAGCUGUGUCGAGGGCUAGAGACGCCACUGGGUUGUGAACUGGAUCUUCCAAAAACAGGCACCUGUUCAUUGUGGCUCAACGAGCACAAGUGAGGGGAGGGAAGGAGGGAAGAAGGGAGGGAGCGAGGAAACGCUCGACCCACAGCUGAAAGCCAUCAAUGAGGAAGUGCCAUUGAAAGUGCUCUGUGUAGGGAGGGAGAGAGUGUCUGUGGAUCCUGCACGGAGCGUCACCACACUGAGCGGCCAGACGGCUCUACAUGACACCGUGAAAAUGAGUCAAGAUGUUGGGAGAAUGAAAGCAGCGAUUAUGUGUCUGCCGCCACAGCGGUGAGGGAUUGUGGAGAGAAGGAAAGCGGAGGUGAAGGAGGAGCAGCAGGGACAGGAGCGCAGACAGGCUCGCAGACAGGUGCGUGUUCGCUGCCCGUUUCGUUUUCUCACGCUGGUCGCAAAGCUCGGAGCCAUGGAUACCCGCAAGGUAAAAAAAACACCCAUGAAAUCCAAACCUGCAACGCGAAAGGGGAAGAAAUUAAAAAGCGGAAGGUUCGCCAGGAGGAAAUCGUUCCGAUCUUUUGGGAAUUUCAUGGGAAGGAUACUGAAAACUUUGGGCACUUUGGCGCACUUUGGAAACGCGGAACCGCCGGACGCCGAGGACGACGACGGCGGCUUCGGCCAGAGCGCUUCUUCUGGGGCUUCCUUCAGAGACUCACAGGUCACCAGGGAAGGAGCCGCGAAGAAGAGUUCCACCGGGUCCUCCACACACGGCUCGGUGAAGGAGAGGCUGUCGUGGUGCUACGGCGACAAGACCCCCGGCGUGCUGGGUCUGAAGAACCACGGCAACACCUGCUUCAUGAACGCCGUGGUCCAGUGCCUCAGUAACACCGACCUGCUGGCUGAGUACCUGGGGCUGGAGCAGUACAAAUAUGAUGUGUCCCAGCAGGGGAGGCUGAACGGGGAGCUGAGGGGAGAGGAGCCCCAGAGCUCCAGAGGAGAGGUGACGGAGCACCUGGCCUCGCUGGUGAGAGCGUUGUGGACGCUGGAGUACACACCGCAGCUGUCAGUGGACUUUAAGAGUAUUGUGGCCAAAUAUGGCUCUCAGUUCCGAGGAAACUCUCAGCACGAUGCCCUGGAGUUCCUUCUCUGGCUUUUGGACAGAGUACAUGAAGACGCCAGUCCCAGCCCCAACAACAACAACAGCAGCAGCAGCAGCAGAAACAGCAUCAAGACCAAAGCUAACGCCAAGGGACCAAGUCCACUGGACCAGUCUUCCAGUCCCAGUGCAGCCAGCACUCAGCAGCCUGGAGGUCGCCACAGCUUUGUCCAGGAACACUUCCAGGCUCAGUACAGGUCCUCCCUGACGUGCCCUCAUUGCCUUAAACAAAGCAACACCUUCGACCCUUUUUUAUGUAUAUCCCUGCCAAUCCCACUACGACAAACCAGGCCGCUGUGUGUAACAUUAGUCUUCAGUACAAAGGGUCAACGGUACGUGCGGGUGGGGCUGGCUGUGCCUCUCUUUGGUAACCUGUCCUGUCUGAGGACCAUGGUGGCAGAGGAGGGCAAACUCUCCCCAGACCAGGUCAUUCUGUCAGAGUUGUACUCCACGGGUUUCCAGCGCUCCUUCUCUGAUGACGACGACUUAACUUCAGUUGCCGACAGCGACACGGUUUACGCCUUUCAGGCUCCUCCCCUUUACAGUCGAGGAGGCUCUGCAGCACACUCAGGGUAUCACCACAGCCUCCCCUCCUCCCCGUACACCUCCACCACUGGACCUGAUGGUCAGAGGCUACCUCCUUCCGGAACCCUCUCCUCUGAAUACCUGAACCAGGGCGGCUCCUCAAAGAUCCUGCUCCUCCUGUGUAACACAGCAGGGUCUGGACAGCAGGCUGUCAGGUUCGGUCCUCCUUUUCUCAUGCAUGAGGACAGAAACAUCUCCUGGGAGCAGCUGCAGCAGAGCAUCCUCAGCAAGCUCUAUUAUCUGAUGCUGAAUGGAGCCCAGGCUCAGAAUGCUGGUGUGUUGUUUAAGAUCCGAGUGGUGGGAGGAUCGGCAGCCUACAGUUAUCUAUCCCCCCAGGACAACAGGCCUCUGAACCACCCUGCAGUCGAUAGAGCGUUGAAGUUCUGUGGCAGUGGAGGACCUUUACAUGUGAAGCUUGUCCUGGAGUGGGAGCCCAAGACUAAAGAAUGCCUGUUUGGCAGCAUCCAGGAAGAGGUAGUGAAGGAUGCAGAGAGUGUGAGGAACCAGCAGCAGCAGCACGUGCAGCAGCACAGCUGUACAUUAGACGAGUGCUUCCAGCUGUACACCAAAGAAGAACAGCUCGAUCCUGACGAUGCCUGGAAAUGUCCCCACUGUAAACAGCUGCAGCAGGGCAUGGUGAAGAUGAGCCUGUGGACGCUCCCUGACAUACUCAUCCUCCAUCUCAAACGCUUCAGACAGGUCGGCGAACGGAGGAACAAGCUGUCAACCCUGGUGCGUUUUCCCCUGACUGGCUUGGACAUGGCUCCACACAUGGUGAAGAGGAGUCAGAGUAUGAAGAACCUGAACCUGGGGGGCUGGACACCGUCCUGGAAGCAGGGCUCAGCACAACACCACCGGCCUUCUGACAUGGCCCUGCCGCACGACUUUCAGUACGACCUGUACGCCGUGUGCAACCAUCACGGAGGAAUGCACGGAGGACAUUAUACAGCUUACUGCAGGAACUCCGUGGAUGCUCAGUGGUACAGUUAUGAUGACAGCAGCGUUGAUCUGGUGCCAGAGGAGGAAGUCUGCACCCGAGGAGCUUACAUCCUGUUUUACCAGAGACGUAACACCAUCCCACCAUGGUCAGCCGGUAGUUCUGUCAGAGGCUCCACAAGUUCAUCUGUGUCGGACCACUGGCUAAUCCGACUCUCGGUGGACGGUAAGAGAGGCAGCCUGGUGUCUCGGUCGUCCAUCACCGCCCCUUCAUCUGUUCCUGACUCUCCAGAGUCUCCAGUCUUCAUCACCGAGGGUUCCAAAGAGAGAAGAAGUCCUUUUGAAAGUCAGCCGUUUGCCAGAGGAAUCCCAGGUCGCAGCGUCAGCAUGAGACUCCCCAGUAAGACCAAGGACACUUUGAGCAAAGUUUUCCCUCUGCGCUGGUCGUUUGGUUCCAAGGACAGACGAAAACCUGAGCCAGUGCCUCCACCGGUUCAAGACACAGCCCCGGUAGAGCUGGUGCAAUACUUGGAAUCUGGCCGCCGGCCACGCUGCACAAAGGAACCAAUCGUAUCACUGAUGAGUGAAUCACGCAGCACAAAGAAAGUUGCUGAGGGCAAUGCUGCGAGCGCUGUCCGCUCUGAUAAAGCCAAGGAUGGACCGCUCCCAGAAUCGCCACAGGUCCCUGAGGGUCAGAGAAGACCAUUUGACAAGACAGGUAUUAGGAUCAGCAGGGGGGGGCAGGGCAGGGAAGAGGGAGCCGUAAAUAUCAACAGCAGCUCCAGCAGUAACACCCUCACCAGAAGAAAAGACACCACGAAGCCGGGCUCCUCCAACGCCUCCCAUGACACUGAUACAAAAAGAAGUUUGAGCUGCGGGGUUCAGCCGAGCUACAGCAGCCCCAGCCUCCACGAUGCCUCUCUGAGGAGGCAAAAGGGGGAAAGGGCUGACAGGGAACGUCACGGCGCAAGUGAAGCAAACUGUAAUACCAAGAGAGGAGACGUGCCGAAGAGCCACGAAGGACUGCUGUCUUUCUUCAAAGGUAAUUUCCUGAAGAAGGAAAAAGACCCGAAGAAGUCCAGAGAGACUGAGUCCGACCGAGGAAGAGGAGGCGAGAGAGGAGGAGUAGGGGUAGAAGGUGAGGGAGGAAGCAAACGGACCCUGUCGAGGCUGUCGCUGUCAAACGGAUCGGCAGUGGGGAGAGCGGGGGUGGAGGGCGUCAGGUCGAGCAGGUCAGGUCACCUGUCCAAUGAGCUGACAAACGGGAAGGUCGGACACACGGCAGCUGAAAUCAAGCGCUCCCAAAGUUCCUCCAACAUUCCCACCAAAGCAGAGCACAGCGUGAGCAGGACGGCUUCUCUGCACCGCAACGGGAAGUCCACGGCGUCUCACAGCCUGGCGGCCGACAAGCCGCUUCACGGCACGCUGCAGAGGACUCGUUACAGCACAGCUUCACUGGGACGCAAAAGGACGGUCCCCGAGUCCAGCUUCUGAUGCACAGAUAUAUUUAAUAUAAACACAAACACAAGGCCUUUUCCCUCGUGUCAAGGGAAACAACUUUACGUUUGAAGCAAUAGAGCUAAAUUCACAGCGAUAUGCCUUUUUUUAAGCGGGAGAAGAACUGUGUGGUUUGCACAUUAGAGCUACGGAGUAAAUGAAGGACCUUUUAACGUUUUUUAUUUAAGAUGGGACGAUUCUGUCGUCGUGCUGUUUUAUUCAUCACUCUACACAAGUGCCUAAAAAGAAAAAAAUCGAAAUAUGCAAUUUAUGCCAACAACAAUGUUGUUUUUAGCACAAGAAGCACAAGAACACCAACAUCCAAACACACAAAGAAUGGAUGAUUCUGCAACCCCGAGGAUCGACCGAUCCUGAUACCAGUCUGAUACCUUCUGUUCUCUUAUUUAUUGAUAAAACUCCAUGUUCUUUGUUUUGAUGUUGGUUGCACAGACGUCCAAAACAUUCUGUUCCCUUGAGGGAGAAAUCAACUGCGCCAAGUUAUUGCACAACUGCAGCAGCAGCAGCAGACUCAGCAGCAGCGUUCAAAAUGAACCAUCAAAACAGUAAUAAAAAUAAAUGAAAAUCAAAUUCUAGUUUUAAAAUAAGAUACCUCACAGUAAAUGUAGCCCAGACGUGAUAUAUUGAUAUAUCAACAGAAGUUGCGAUAUAUAGACAUAAACGAUCAUAACUUCACCUGAAAAAGUAAAACUAAAGUAAAA